AUGCUUCGCACUCUGCAGCACUAUCACAGUAUAGUAUACAAGCGCUUGGCCACAUCACACCACACAUCAAAAGCCGCUGCAACUCGGCACAAGUCUUACAUGACCGUAGCGAUGGAGACGAGAAUACUGCCCGUCGAUGCGGCCAAGAUCGGCAAAGUAUCUGCAGUACCAGUCGCUGAGGAUGUCCUAGACGAGCUCCAAAUUGAGCUCGAUCUAUCAUCUGUUGAUGCCCGGUAUCUCCAAGAAGCAGCAGAGAAGCUCAGAUCAUCUGAAGUGCCUGUAGCAUUUCCUACCGAGACAGUGUAUGGCCUCGGAGCAGAUGCCACAAGAAGUGCUGCAGUGAAAGGCAUCUACAAGGCUAAGCAAAGACCCUCUGAUAAUCCGUUGAUCGUUCACUUUGCAUCGUUAAGACAGUUGAGGUCGUUGCUCACAAGUGGCAAGGAGUCCCAACAGAAUGGCUCUCUUACAAACGGCACUACCCACGAUCCAAUACCCGAUAUAUACAGAUCACUGAUCUCGAGAUUCUGGCCAGGCCCUCUCACCAUUAUCUUGCCGAAUCCAGACAACUCGCCUUUGGCUCCUGAGGUCACAGCAGGUCUGAAGACGUUUGGAGCACGAAUGCCAAGUCACAUCCUCGCGGCAGCAUUAAUACAACUCGCGGGUGUACCUGUGGCGGCACCCUCUGCAAAUGCCUCAACAAAGCCAUCUCCGACCGCCGCGGAGCACGUCGCGUAUGACCUCGAUGGCAGAAUUGAAACGAUCCUUGAUGGCGGACCAUGCGAUGUUGGCGUGGAAAGCACUGUUGUCGAUGGCCUAUCAACACCGCCCUUGAUCCUCAGACCAGGAGGAAUCAGCUUGGAGCAGAUCCGCAGUUGUCCUGGCUGGGAAGCGACAGAGAUUGGUUACAAGAACAUCGCCGAGAUUGGCAGUCAACCACGAGCACCAGGCAUGAAAUAUCGCCACUACUCGCCCAAGGCGACAGUCAUCUUGUUCGAGUCUGGAAAGGACACUCCAGCCCCCGAAGACCUGAGACAGCAUCUUGGAAGCAACGCAAAGAUCGGUAUCGUGCAGACCAGGUCCUGGAUCGUCGACACAUCUGAUGCGAAAAUCAUCCAACGAAAGCCCGAUGCUAAAUCACCUAGUAACGGUCACGCCAAUGGUGUACAUUAUACCCCUGGUUUCGCUGGUGUACUGAAGAGCCUACAAAACACCAGAAAGACCCGAUCUGCAAUACAAAAGCAUGAUUAUCCAGCAGUGGAUGGCAAAGCACAAAUACUGUGCAUUGACCUCGGCUCUGACACUGCCGACAUAGCACGAGGCAUAUUCUCAGCUCUCCGCGACCUGGACAGGGAGAACGUUGACGCCAUCUUCGUUGAAGGCAUUGAUGACAGCGAGGGCGAUACUGCUGCAGCUAUUAUGAACCGAUUGCGGAAAGCGGCGGAGGUCAGAGUCGAAGGUUGA